AUGUCUAUAAAGCGUCUUGAUCAAAUCGAAAAACACUUAUCUACUAUGGCUUCAACGAAUUCACUUUUUCAUGAAGUUCCCCUUGCUCCUCCAGACGUUAUUUUCAACCUUACUGCCAAGUAUAAGGCAGAUACUUUUGCUCAAAAAGUUAACUUGGGUGUAGGAGCGUAUCGUGACGAUGCAGGAAAACCCUGGGUGUUACCUGUUGUUAAAAAGGUUGAACAAGCCUUGGUAAAUGAUCCUUCACGAGAUCAUGAAUAUCUCCCUAUAUUGGGUCUUGCAACUUUCAGAGAAGCAUCAAUUAGAUUAAUACUUGGCGCAGAUAGUCCCGCUAUCAAAGAAAAUAGAGUUACAGCUGCUCAGACGAUAUCUGGUACGGGAGCUAAUCAUCUUGGUGCUCUCUUUUUGUCAAGAUUUUAUUCUAAAGAAGUUCCUAUUUACUUGUCUAAUCCAACUUGGGCAAAUCACAAGCCAAUCUUUAAUAAUGUCGGUUUGGAGACAAGAAAUUACGCUUAUUUUAACCCAAAAGAUAAUGGUUUGGAUAUUGAUGGGUUUCUAUCAGACCUUAAGGCUGCGCCUGAAAGAUCAAUUGUUCUAUUACAUGCUUGUGCUCAUAAUCCAACCGGCGUUGACCCUACACAAGAUCAAUGGAAAGCAAUUGCUGAUGUUAUCGAGUCAAAGAAACUUUUCCCAUUUUUUGAUUGUGCAUAUCAAGGAUUUGCUAGUGGAGAUUUAGAUCGUGAUGCUUGGGCUGUGCGAUACUUUGUUGAACGCGGUUUCGAAUUGCUUAUCUGUCAAUCUUAUGCGAAAAACUUUGGUUUAUAUGGACAACGUGCUGGUUGCUUAACUUUCGUGUUAAAAAAUUCUGACGCUGCCGCUCGCGUAAGUAGUCAACUCGCCAAAUUGCAACGUUCUGAAAUCUCCAACCCCCCAGCACAUGGCGCUCGUAUAGUUGAUAGGGUAUUAAAUAACCCCGAACUUUAUGCUGAAUGGGUUGAAAAUCUCCGAGAAAUGAGUUCUCGUAUUAAAAAUAUGCGUGAUGCUUUACGUGAUUGUCUUAUCAAAUCUAAUACCCCGGGAAAUUGGGAUCAUAUUACAAACCAAAUUGGAAUGUUUUCUUUUACUGGACUUAAAGCUCCACAGGUCGCGGUUCUUAAAGAGAAAUUUCAUAUUUAUCUUACAGAUAAUGGACGUAUUUCGAUGGCUGGAUUAUCCACAUCAAAUGUGGAAUACGUUGCAAAUUCUAUAAAUCAUGUUGUAAAUAAUGUAGCUUAA